UCUAUGACAAUAUACUUGUUUAUCUAUGACAAUAUACGUGUAAAAUGCCGGCUUUUGUUCAUUCAUAAAAAUGCUAAAAAUUAUGCUCUCCGUUUGUACAAAUUGCACAUUUUGAGUAACUAAGAUCAGAAAUUGUUAUACUUGAUUCCUGUAGUCAUAAUGGAGAUGGAAUGAUAUGAAUUAGUGUACAGACAUUCUAAUAGGACGUCAAAUUUACACUAAAUCAAUUCAAAAAUUAUAUUAUAUAAAUAAACGCAAUGGGUGAAACGAAAGUGGAGAAUGCGGGAUUUCGUAUGAGUCCUGAAAAACAGGAAACUUUAUUAAAAUUAAGUAUUUUAACUAUAGCCGCAGUAUUAUCAUUUGCGACCAGAUUGUUUUCUGUACUACGAUUUGAAAGUGUCAUACAUGAAUUUGAUCCAUAUUUCAAUUACCGUACAACCAAGUAUUUAGCUGAUAAUGGAUUUUAUAGUUUUCACAAUUGGUUUGAUGACCGAGCAUGGUAUCCGCUAGGAAGGAUUAUAGGAGGUACAAUAUAUCCUGGAUUGAUGGUGACAGCUGCAUCGUUAUAUAAUUUGUUAUGGUCUUUUAACAUAACGAUUAAUAUAAGAAAUGUCUGUGUGUUCUUGGCACCAUUUUUCUCUUCACUGACCACUAUAGUCACAUAUUUAUUGACAAAAGAGUUACGGGAUUCAGGUGCAGGUUUAGUGGCUGCUGCAAUGAUUUCUAUUGUCCCUGGUUACAUUUCUAGAUCUGUUGCGGGAAGCUAUGAUAACGAAGGCAUUGCAAUAUUUUGCAUGCUGUUGACUUAUUACAUGUGGAUUAAGGCCAUAAAAACGGGCAACAUAUUUUGGUCCACAAUGACUGCUUUAGCAUAUUUUUACAUGGUUUCUUCCUGGGGAGGUUACGUGUUCCUAAUCAACUUGAUACCCUUACACGUUUUGUGUUUAAUGCUAACUGGCAGAUUUGGCCAUCGUGUAUACGUUGCUUACAGUACUGUAUAUUGUGUAGGAACAAUAUUGUCGAUGCAGAUAUCUUUUGUUGGAUUCCAACCAGUGCAGAGCUCUGAACAUAUGCUGGCGUUAGGAGUGUUUGGUCUGUGCCAAAUCCAUGCAUUCGUAGAUUAUUUAAAAAGCAAAUUAUCGGCCACCGAGUUUGAGAUAUUGUUUAAAGCAUUGGUGUACGUAGUCGCAACUAUUACAGUUGUUGCCGGAUCUUUACUGGCAGUCUCUGGAAAAAUUGCGCCUUGGACAGGAAGAUUUUAUUCGUUAUUAGAUCCGUCGUAUGCUAAAAACCAUAUUCCUAUAAUAGCUUCUGUUUCUGAACAUCAGCCAACAUCAUGGUCAUCAUUUUAUUUUGAUCUACAACUCUUGGUCUUUCUAUUCCCUGCAGGAUUAUACUUCUGUUUUUCAAAAUUAUCGGAUGCCAACAUAUUUUUAAUAUUGUACGGAGUUACGAGCAUUUACUUUGCAGGUGUAAUGGUCCGAUUGAUGCUUGUCCUAGCCCCAGUCAUGUGUAUCUUAUCAGGAAUUGCUGUAUCAUCGCUCCUCCUCACAUACAUGAAGCAACUCGAUGACAACACUGGACACACAACAAAUGUAGGCGGAGGAGGUGGAUUCAAAAGAAAAGAUGUCAGCGAUAGAAAAGCUAAGAAAUUGGAAAGUCGAUCACCACUAAGAAAGCAGAUAGCAACAGCCUUUGUCUGCAUAAUGACAUUAUUGUUGAUAUCGUAUACCUAUCAUUGCACUUGGGUGACCGCUGAAGCUUACAGUUCUCCAAGCAUAGUUCUAUCAGCUAAAUCACAUGAUGGUGGAAAAAUUAUAUUUGAUGACUUCCGAGAAGCUUAUUAUUGGCUGCAGAUGAAUACACCUCAGGAUGCUCGUGUGAUGUCAUGGUGGGAUUAUGGAUACCAGAUAACGGCAAUGGCCAAUCGUACAAUCCUGGUUGACAAUAAUACUUGGAACAACACGCACAUUUCUCGGGUCGGUCAAGCCAUGGCAAGCACUGAAGACAAAGCCUACGAAAUAAUGAGAGAACUAGAUGUUGAUUAUGUACUAGUGAUAUUUGGAGGACUAACUGGUUAUUCUUCUGAUGAUAUCAAUAAAUUCUUAUGGAUGGUGCGCAUUGGAGGCAGUACUGACAGAGGAGCCCAUAUCAAAGAGUGGGAUUAUUAUUCACCAAGCGGAGAGUUUAGAGUAGAUAGGGAAGGUUCACAAACUCUGCUUAAUUCUUUAAUGUACAAAAUGUGCUACUAUAGAUUUGGAGAGGUUUACACCGAAGGAGGAAAGCCUCCAGGUUACGACCGUGUACGUUCAGCAGAAAUUGGCAAUAAAGAUUUUGAACUCGAUGUACUAGAAGAAGCCUACACAACCGAGCAUUGGUUAGUAAGAAUCUAUAAAGUAAAGGAUCUGAGAAAUCGUGGUGUAUAAAAAUAGGAAAUACAAAUUAAUCGUACUAGUUUUAAAAUAUAGUUUUUCAGGUAACGACUCUAGUUUAAAACAUAGUGUAUAUAAUAAUAUAAAAUCACGAUUUUUAAUAAAAAUAUCAUA